AUGAGCUCAGCCGCGCUCGCCUCGCAGCUCUCCAGCUGCCUCAGCGACGCCGGCGGCGACUACGCCUACUACGCCUGCGUCUUCGCAUCCGGCCUCUUCACAUCGCCGAGCUGCGACCUCGCGUGCUCGGGUCAUGGCUCGUCCGCGUGCUGCGACGCGCUCGCGACCGCGACCAAGUGCGUCGCCAAGACAGCAACCGCGAGCUGCAAGAAGGUCGUCGACAAGACCUUGUCGAGCAUCACACAGUGCGGCGGCCUCUCGUCCGCUGCCAUCGGCUCCAUCACGAUCGCGAGCCUUUUGCUAGCGAUUGUCCUUGCGAUCGCAGGCCUCGUCGUCGUCGCCAAGCGCCGGGCGACCACCGAUCCGCGCAACAAGUGGUCGUACCUCGUGCGCAACCUGUCUCAGAUGCGCGUCCUUGUCUGGAAGAACUUGCUCCUCGCGCGAAAACACCCGUGGCGGACGCUCAUCGAGAGCCUCUUGCCGCUCGUGCUCGUCGUCGCGCUCGUGAUCCUCGGCAACCUCGACUCGAUCGCCGGCAACGAGAGCUCCACAUCGACGUCCGUCUCGACGCGGCCAUGCACGGGCACCAACUGCGCGAUGGUCAUGUACAUGAACUGCAUGGACACGCUGCCCACCAUCUUUAGCAUUGGCCGCCCGUCGUCGACCGCCACGUCCUUCUACUCGAGCGGGCAGCCGGUCUUUGGCAUGUUUUUCUUGCUGUCGUACCUCCGCUUUGUGCCGUCGCUCACGUCCAAGAUGGUGCUCGAGAAGGAGAAGCGGCUCACGGAGGGCAUGCGCAUGAUGGGCCUCUACGAAGGGCCGCUGCUGCUCUCGUGGUACAUUACUGGCUUUCUCCAGUACACGCCGAUCGCGCUCCUGCUCGCUGUCGAGCUUAAGCUCGGCAACGUGUUUCCGAUGGCCGACCUCGCGACGCUCUUCCUGUUCUUUGCUGCGUUUGGCCUCUCGAUGGUCUCGUUUGCGAACCUCGUCGGCGUCUUCUUCAACAAGUCCAAGACGGCCGCGAUUGCUUCCGUCUUGGUGUGGGUUCUCGCCUUCCUGCCGUUCUACCUCGUGCAAAGCAAACCGGUUGGUCAGCAGUUUGGCGCCGCGUGGAGUGCCCCCGCAGCCUUUGCACUCGGUAUCAACUACCUCGUUGUCCAGGCGCAGCGUGGCACCGACGUCUACUACGCGAUCGCGACGACGACGUCGCCGAUCCAAAACGUCAUUACGACCGGCGAGAUGACGUGGUAUCUCGUGCUCGAUAGCCUUUGGAUGCUGCUGCUUGGCUGGUACUUUCAGCAGGUCGUGCCGCAAGCCUAUGGCGUCCAAAAGCACUGGCUCUUCCUCUUCUCGCGCGACUAUUGGUCGCCGUCCACGCGAACCCCGACGCCAGUCGAGUCGCCAUCGUUCCACUACGCUGACAUGACGACGUCGGUGCCGACGCCCCAUGAUGGCCCCAACGUCGAGCCGCCGACGCAAGCCUUGCGUCUCAAGGAGCAGCGCGGCGAGUGCGUCCAGCUCGUCGGUCUCCGCAAGACGUUCAAGACGGACGACGGCGAGAGCAAGGUCGCAGUCCACAACCUCCACGUGACCAUGUACGCUGGCCAGAUCACGGCGUUCCUCGGCCACAACGGCGCCGGCAAAACCACGACCAUCUCGAUGCUCACGGGUCUCUUUCCGCCGACCAAAGGCACGGCCUAUGUCUUUGGCAAGACGAUCACCGACGACAUGGACGCGAUCCGCGCCAGCAUGGGCGUCUGUCCGCAGCACGACGUGCUCUACGACGAGCUCUCGGUGCUCGAGCACCUCCAGCUGUACGCGGCGCUCAAGGGCAUCGAGGACGCAAGCGCGCAGAUUGACGCGAUGGUCGCCGAGGUCGGCCUGGUCGAGAAGCGCCAUGUGGCCUCGGCCAAGCUCUCGGGCGGCCAGAAGCGCAAGCUCAGUGUUGCGAUCGCGCUUCUCGGGAAGAGCCAAGUGGUGUUUCUGGACGAACCCACCUCGGGCAUGGACCCGUACUCGCGCCGGUUUACGUGGAACGUGCUCCAGCGCAACCGCGAGAACCGGGUCAUGGUGCUCACGACUCACUUUAUGGACGAAGCCGACUUGCUCGGCGACCGCAUCGUCAUCUUGUCGGACGGGCGGCUCUGCUGCGCGGGCUCGUCGCUCUUUCUGAAGCAGCUCUACGGCACGGGCUACAACCUGACGCUCGUCAAGACGAGUGCGUGCAACGUGACGGACCUUCUGGCGUUUGUACGGCGGUUUGUGCCCGACGCCAACGUCCUCAGCAACGUCGGCGCCGAAGUCGUCGUGCAGUUGCCGACGCACGCGAGUCCGCAGUUUCCCGACCUCCUUCGUGGCCUCGACCGGUCGCUGCGGUCGCUCGGUGUUGCCGAAUAUGGCAUCUCGGUCACGACGCUCGAAGAAGUCUUUUUGCGGAUCGCGGCCGAUGGCAAGCCGCCGGCUGGCAACGGCGACAUGGAGCUGCGGGAGUGGCGUGCGAGCCAACUCGGUUUCAACGAGCCCAAGCGCCGGCCCACGCAGCGCACGCGGACGGCGUCCUUUGCAGCGCAGUACUUCGCAAUGCUGCAGAAGCGGUUUCGCGUCUCGAAGCGGGACAAGAAGGCGUGGGUCUUUAUGGUGCUCAUCCCGGUGCUCUUUCUCGGCAUGCUCGCGCUCAUCCCGGGCAUCAACGUCGCGAGCUACCUCCCCACGUACGAAAAGCCCGACUCGUUUGCGACCGAGCACUACAACUCGUGUUUGAAUUUGGCACCAACCAACAACAAGUGCGCGUUUGGCAACUCGAUCGACCGUCUCUGUCAGUGCCAGUCCUCCGGCGUCACCUUUGAGUGCGAAAGCACGCCCAACUCGUGCUCGUCCGGUACGGUGGUCGCGAACAAAACGGACUCGUCGUAUCCCUACUGCGCAUCGCCGGGUGGUCCGCUCCGCAACAAGACGGCGUGUCUCAACCAGUGGUUUAGCCACUGCUCACUGGGUCUUGGCAACUGCGAUGCGUCCGCGUGCUGCGACGCCACCAAGCCCGUCUCGCCCUACUAUCCGUGCUCGAGCUGCGCGUCCAACAAGUGGCCGUGCUACAAGGGCGACUGUUUAAUGAAGGACGACGCCAAGCUGCAAGGCCAGAUCAACACGUUCCUCGCAUGCCUCAUCAUUGUCAUUGGUUUUGCGUUCGUGCCUGCGUCCGUCGUCGUGUUUAUCGUCAAGGAGAAGGACCCGCACCAGAACGCCAAGUACCAGCAGCUCGCUUGCGGCUCGUCCGUCUUUGCCUACUGGUUUUCGAUGUGGACCCACGAUGUCCUCUUCAUGCUUGUGCCGGUCGGCGUCGCCGUCGCCUUGCUGCCGUCGUUUGCCAGCUUCCAGAACGACUCGGCGUCCAUUCUCGGAGGCCUCGCCCUUCUUCUGACGCACGUGCUCUCGAUGCUGCCGCUCGCGUACCUCUUUACGUUUCGGUUCACAAAGCACGCAGCCGCACAGACGUCCGUGCUGGUGUUUUGCCUCGUCACGGGCGGUCUCCUCAGCAUCAUCUCGUUCCUCUGCCGCUUGAUUGACUUUGAUCUGAUCAAGAACCAGCUCACGCUCUCGCAGCUCGACACGCAGUAUCUGCGCUGGGUGUACCUGCUCUUUCCCGGGUACGCGCUCACGGACGGGCUCUUCCAGAUUGGCAUGCGCAAGUACGGCAACCCGUUUGGCGGCGCGGACAUUGUCGCGACGUCGUGUCCCGUCGCUAAAUCGUGCUGGAGUGCCAACGUCCCUGGCUGCUGCGUCCCGGACGUCUUCGAGUUCAACAUUGCCGGUCGCAGCCUUCUCUACGGCGUCGCCGAAGUGCUUUUGUUUUCGCUCUGGGUGCUCUACGCGGACCGCGCGACGCAGACAUACGAGCCGCGCCGAGCGCAGCCCAACAAGGCUCUGGAAAACAUGGACAGCGACGUGGCAGCCGAAGCGGUGCGCGUCAUGCAAGGCCGUGCGAGCGGCGACAAUGUCGUCUUGCACAAGCUGCACAAACAGUACGGCGCCGAGAAGAUUGCGCUCCACCAGCUCAGCCUCGGCAUUCCAAAGGGCGAGUGCUUUGGCUACCUCGGUAUCAACGGCGCGGGCAAGUCGACAACGCUGCAGAUCCUGCAUGGUGCACUGCAGCCAACGUCGGGCUCGGUCACUGUCAAUGGCCACUUGUUGCCCGCCGAGCUCCGCGCGGCGCGGGCCUCGACGGGCUACUGUCCGCAGUUUGACGCGCUCCAUGACCUGCUCACGGUCCAGGAAGAGCUCGAGCUCUACGCGCGCCUCAAGGGUGUCAUCGAUGUGAAGGCGGCGGUCGCCGCCAAGAUGGACCAGUUUGGCCUGCACGCGUUCAAGGCCAAGCGAACGCAGGGCCUCAGUGGCGGCAACAAGCGCAAGGUGUCGACGGCCAUCGCACUCUUGGGGUCGCCGACGCUACUGCUCUUGGACGAACCGUCCACCGGUAUGGACCCGGCCGCGCGCCGCGACAUGUGGGACGUGAUUGUCGGCGUCUUGCAGGAGAAGAGUUGCUCGGUGAUUUUAACGACGCACUCGAUGGAGGAGUGCCAAGCGCUCUGCACGCGCAUCGGCAUCCUCGUGAGCGGCCAGCUCAAGUGUCUCGGCACGGCGCAGCAUCUCAAGCACAAGUUUGGCCGCGGCUUCACGCUCGACCUCAAGCUCGAGUCACCGGAAGAUGACGUGAUGCUUGCGCUGCCGACAACGAAGCCGUCCCUCUCACUCGUCGACCUUGAAGGCAUCUGCGAGGCCAUGGGCGAGAAGGACCGGCUGGAGCUUUUGACAAUCGACUGGGUCAUUGCCCACUACCUUGAGAAGGACGGUAGCGUCCCCAUCGAAGUCCUCCGGCAGUGGUGGGUGCUCCAGGACUGCAGCCAGCGCCUCGUCGACGCGCUCUCGUUCCACAUACCUGGCGUCGUCCUCGUCGAGAGCCACGGCGAACACUUUCGCUUUCAAGUCCCGAAAGUCCACGGCCACACGCUCCAGUCGCUCUUUGGUUGGAUGGAAGCCCACAAGGACGAACUGCAGAUCGCGCAAUAUAGUGUGAGCGACACGACGCUGGAAGAGAUCUUCAACACGAUGGCCGCUGGCCAAGAAGAGGAAGUCGGCGUCGUCCACGGACUUCGCCAGCGCUCCAAGAACGGCAGCAGCCUCCACCCCGUGCGCACCUACCACCGCGGCACGUCGCUCAGUUCACUCUCGUCGCAGCGUCGCGAGUACGACUUGUAACCUACCCCUUAUAAACUUCAGUAUCAAUCUAUCGAUUUGGCGC